AUGUGGGCCAAGUCCGGCUCGGACCUAAGCCGGUCGUAUCUGCACUCCCAUGACAGUUCCUUAUUUUGCAUUACUAACUACAUAUUCAGUCAAACACAUCCCUUCCUCUUUUCUACUGCCGACAGAAUGUCCGAGGCCAUCUUAUCUGUUCAGGGCAUGACCUGUUCUGCAUGUACAGCGUCUGUCUCCGAAGCCUUGGAGCGAAUCCCUCAAGUUGUACUAGCUUCGGUCUCUCUACUAACCAAUGAGGCAAAAGUGACGUACAACGAACCGUUCGACCCCAAACUUUUGGUCGAGGCAAUAGAGAAUUGUGGUUUUGAUGCAGCACUCAUCAGCCAUAUCACCAAUGCCCCAAAUAAUGACAUUUCUGGUGACCUUUCCCAGACAACACUACUGAUUUCAGGCAUGACUUGCGGUGCAUGUUCCUCCAGUAUAACAGAAGCAAUCGAGAAACAGGAGGGCGUCAAGAAGUGCUCGGUGUCACUUUUGACCAACGAGGCCAAGAUAUCCCAUGCGAGCCUGGUAUCUCCGGAGUCUCUUCUAUCUGUUGUAGAGGACUGCGGCUUUGACGCUACAAUUGAGUCUACGUCACUGGCUUCGGGAAAUGCGCAAAAUACCAUUUUUCAAGUGACUGGCAUGACCUGCGGUGCCUGCUCUGCUUCGAUUACGGAGCGUUUGGAGUCGAUGGAUGGAGUCAUUUCAGCGGAUGUCUCUCAGAUAACGAAUGAGGCGGUCGUAACACAUACUGAUGAAGUGGAUGCAGAAGAGAUACGACAAGCCAUUGAAGACUGUGGUUUUGAUGCCGCUUUGCUACCUGCUCGACCACAACAUAGCAAUACUUCUGCAAGUAAGAUUGAGGACUUCACUCUCCAGAUCUAUGGUUUGACAGAUGCAACAGAACUCUCCACUUUUCAGUACAAUGUUGAGGCCGUCUUGAACAGUCUUGCGGGUGUGCUCUCAUUUCACUUCAAAUUCCAAAGUCAACAGGCGGAGGACGAGACUAGCAACCUCAAUGGCUCGAACAUUGAAAGUCUAAUAGACAUAUUACAGGUCCGUAUUUGCCCGGAUGUGACGGGCGUGAGAGUUUUAGUGGACGCAUUGAAUGCUAUUGACGACCAGUUCAACUUCACGAUAUUCAACUCUAUUGACCAGUCAUUGGCUUCGCAAUUGAAGAUACUAUCUAAAGCUAACGACAUUCAAUUCUGGCGUAAAAAUUUCUUCCUCGCUCUCAUCUUUGGUAUACCUACCAUCGUCCUCAAUGCACUUCAAGGUCUACAGUUUUGGAAGGAGUUCAUGAUCAUGGACGGUCUCUUCCUUGUGAGUAUCUUGCAACUAGCCCUAGCCUCUUUCGUUCUCUUUGUAUUGGGGGCGCCAUUUUUCAAAAGAUUCAAAUUCUUUCUUCUCAACAAGGGCCAUGGUGCCAAUAUGGAUGUCUUGGUUUGUAUCUCCUCAAGCAUUACGUAUUGUUUCUCUAUCACUUCUAUUUCCCUUUCAGUAUGGUCUGGUGAAUCCAGCAAGCCUCCGAAAGUGCUCUUCGAUACUAUAGUGAUGCUUGUGUGUUUUGUUUCUUUCGGUAAAUGGAUCGAAAACAAAGCAAAAGGUGCAACUUCCUUUGCGUUGUCGCGUCUAUUGUCAUUGACUCCUACCACUUGCCUGAUUGUUGUGUUUGAUGGCGAAUUUGACAUUAAUGAGCCUGAGGCCCUUUCAAAGUUCCCAGUACGAGAGUUAUCAAUUGACUUAAUUCAAAAUGAAGAUAUUGUUGUUGUCACCCCUGGAGGCAAAAUGCCAGUUGAUGGUAUCAUAAUUUAUGGUAACACCGAAAUUGACGAAUCAGUGGUAACUGGAGAAUCUCUCCCAGUGCACAAAGAACGCGGUAGCAGGGUAAUUGGAGGAUCUAUCAAUGGACCUUCAGUCAUCUACGUUAAAGUCACAGGAGCUGGUAAAAAUUCGCAACUUCACCAGAUUAUCAACAUCGUUAAAGACUCGCAAGUUAACAAAGCGCCUGUUCAACGUUUUGCCGACUACAUUGCCGCAAGAUUUGUCUUCUUUAUCUUAGGUUUGUCUGUGCUCACUCUUGUCUUUUGGAUAGUUUGCGCAAAGUUUUACGCAAAUGUCCUUCCUACCAUCUUCCACAAAGAUCUCAACGGAAAGUACUUUGUUUGCUUCAAACUUGCUAUUUCUGUUAUUGUUGUGGCAUGUCCAUGUGCCUUAGGACUUGCAGCACCUACUGCAGUUAUGGUUGGUACUGGUGUUGGAGCAAGCCACGGUGCACUCAUCAAAGGCGGUGACAUUUUGGAGAAGGCCAGUGAUAUAAACGUAAUUCUCUUUGACAAAACCGGCACUUUGACAAGCGGAGAGAUGGAAGUCGUUAAUUUCAAGCAAAUCGAGAACAAACUAAAUUUAUCGGGUGAGGAGUUUUGGAGUCUAAUCGGCUCGUUAGAGGCAAACUCAGAACAUCCAACAGCCAAAGCCUUGGUAAAAAAGGCAAGGGGUUUACUUAAGAAAACUUUCGAAGAAGAUACAUUUGAUGGUGCCGUUUCAGACUUAAUUGUUACUCCGGGUAUGGGCCUCUCCGCCAAUGUAAACAUAAAUGGAGUUCUUCGAAGCAUUGCUGUUGGUAACACAAAGCUCAUUGUCAAGAAUUAUCCAGAUGCGAGACAUCUGUUGGCGAAAGUGCUUGAAAAUGAGUUGGCGGACUCCAUUUCAAGUAUUUGCCACGUCGUGAUAGACGAUCAAUAUUGCGGAUACGCGGAGCUCUCCGACUCGAUUAAACCUUGUGCCCGUGACGUUGUCCAAUACUUACAAAGUGUUGGACAUUAUCAAGUCGGCAUGGUGACAGGAGACAGUCUCAAAGUUGCGCAAAAAGUUGGUGACCAAGUCGGCAUACCCAGGGGAAGCAUCUUUGCUGAUGUUUUGCCGAUUGAAAAAGACAAAAUUGUGGAUGAUAUUAGACAAAGAUUUGGCGGGUCCAAGAAUGUCUCAAUCGCGUUUGUCGGUGACGGUAUCAACGACGCGCCGGCCCUUGUCAGAGCUGAUUUGGGAAUGGCAAUCAGUUCUGGUACCGAUAUUGCGGUGGACUCUGCGGAUAUCGUACUUUUGGGAUCAGAAGGCAGCACCAACGAUCUCUAUGGAAUCGUAACUGCCCUUGAUGUCUCAAAAGCCACUUUUAGUAAGAUCAAGUGGAACUUCUUCUGUGCUUCCAUCUACAACGUUUUCAUGUUACCGUUUGCAAUGGGCUGUUUCCUUCCCUUCAAUUUGAUGCUUUCACCCGUUGCAGCAGCGGGUGCCAUGGCAUGUAGCUCUAUCAGCGUGGUUCUCAACUCUUUGUUGUUAAAAUAUUGGACGCCGCCCAAAAUCAAAGACCACGAGCUCACCAGUGUUGAUGAAAGUGAUAUCAACAGCUUCUCGUUGAAAGAUUCCACCGUCGAUGACUUCAACUACGUGAAACGUCAGAACGUCAUACGCAAACUCAACUGGUUCAGUCGCAGACGGGCCGGGGGACUUCUGUCGAAAUUCAUUCCCAAAGAGAAUCACGAAUAUGAACUCAUUCUGUCAAAUUAA